AUGGCAGGAAUUGUGAGAAAUCGGAUUAUUGGUUUGGAAGAUCAGAAAAGAGUUGACGCAAGUGAUACGUCUGAAUCAGAGUUUUUUAUGACUAAAUCAGAAUUUGAACAAUCAGAAGAUGAAGAUGUUCCGAAAACACCUGUGUUAAAAGAGCAUCCUAUUCCUAUACAAGUUAUUGAAACCUUAGAUGAGCAGCAUCAGUUCCGAUUGGAUGAGGAAGCACUUGAGAAAGUCCUUCUAAGUCCAGAUGUUAUCGACAAAAAGAUUCCACUGAUAGAAAAUCUGCAUGAACAGGUGUCUGUAAUCAGCGUAGCAGGUGCGUUUCGAAAAGGAAAAAGUUUCCUGUUGAAUUUUUUCCUUCGUUAUCUUAGUGCUCUCGAAGAAGAACGUCGUUCAGGAGAUUGGAUAUUUGCUGGGAACCGCUUAGAAGGAUUUAGUAGCGAACGGGAAACAAGUGGCAUUUUGGUAUGGUCUCAGCCGUUUAUAAUACGUAAUCGUGAUGGUGAAGAAAUUGCAGUAAUUCUUAUGGAUACGCAAGGCGCUUUUGACAGUCAGAGUACCGUAAAAGAUUGUGCCACAAUUUUUGCUCUCUCAACGAUGGUGUCAUCUUUGCAGAUUUAUAAUCUAAGUCAGAACGUGCAGGAGGAUGAUCUGCAACACUUGCAGCUUUUCACAGAAUAUGGCCGCCUCGCAUUAGAGAAUACCUCUGCUAAGCCAUUUCAGUCACUGUUGUUCUUAGUACGAGACUGGAGUUUCCCUUAUGAAGCAGAGUAUGGUUUUCAAGGAGGAGAACGACUACUUGAACGUCGCUUGCAGGUGUCUGAAAAGCAACAUUUGGAACUGCAGCAGUUGCGUCGCCACAUACGUUCAUGUUUUGAACAGAUAUCGUGUUUCCUUAUGCCUCAUCCUGGACUUAAAGUAUCCACAAGUCCAUUAUUUCACGGUCAAACCAAUGAGAUCGAGAAUGAAUUCUUACAGCAAUUACGAAUUUUUGUUCCUUGUUUAUUGAACAGCGGUAAUAUGGUACUAAAGCAAAUUAAUGGUCAAGAAAUAACUUGCCGUGAGUUAGUGGAAUAUUUCAAAGCAUAUGUGACAAUCUUUCAAGGAGAAGAUUUACCAGAACCUAAGUCAAUGUUGAUGGCAACUGCGGAAGCAAAUAAUUUGGCUGCAGUUUCAACUUCGAAGGCGCAUUAUGUGAAGAAAAUGGAGGACGUAUGUGGUGGUGACGCACCUUACAUGAGUUCAGCAGAUCUAGCUGCCGAACAUGAGCGAUGUUAUAAGGAGGCCAUUCAUAUGUUUAAAUCAACAAGAAAAAUGGGUGGCACGGAAUUUUCUGAAAAGUUUCUCGAAAAAUUGGAUGUUGAUAUCGAAGAACAAUAUGAAAGCUUUAUUAAAGUAAACAACAGUAAGAAUCUGUUCAAAUCAAUGCGGACUCCAGCUGUCUUGGUGACAUUUAUGAUCUUCGAUUAUGUAUUUCAAGAAUUAUUCCAAUUUAUUGGUUUGGAUACAAUUGCAGGAUUAUUUUCUGUAGCACUGUGCAUUGCUGUUCUUUCUCUUGGUAUUUGGGCUUACUCAAGGUAUAGUGGUAAUUUGCGAGACAUUGGUGUUCUGGUUGAUGAUGCGGUAACAUGGGCGUGGCAAAAUUUUUUGUCGUCAUUAACUCAGGAAAGCAUGCAUCGAGCUGUUGCUAUUGGGCAUAGAUUAACACAGAAUGGCACAGUAUUACACGGAAGACAAACAAGUGACCGAGAGAUUGAUAAGAAGGAUUCCUAA